ACAGACCUUUAGUUAUCCGACGGAUAUAAAUAUAUUUUAAACUACCCCUUUAGCUAGCUAGUUUACCCGAGGCAAUUGUUUUGUUUUCAAAAAUAUUAUCGAUAAUUGCUUUGUUAUAGCUUGCUGGGUGCUUCAUAUUGUAAAGCUACUCACUCUCUCGUCAUCAUGGACGAGGAAUAUUACGAAAGGAAUAUUGGAGACUGGGAUGGUCCGGAUGGCAAUCAGGACGACUAUGUUGAAGGGGAGAACGAUGGGAAAGUUCAGGAGGACUGCCUACAGAAGUUCUCCAGCAGAGAUUACAUCAUGGAGCCUGCUGUCUUCAACACCCUCAAAACAUAUUUCCAGGCUGGUGGCUCCCCUGAACAUGUCAUCCAGCUCCUGUCGGAGAACUACUCUGCUGUGGCACAGACUGUCAACCUGCUGGCAGAGUGGCUCAUCCAGAUGGGUGUAGAGCCUGCUCAGGUGCAGGAGCGGGUAGAGAAUCACUUGAAAAGUCUCCUGAUCAAGCACUUUGACCCCCAGAAGGCAGACUCCAUUUUUACUGUAGAGGGAGAGACUCCUGCCUGGCUGGAACAGAUGAUCGCCCACACCACCUGGAGAGACCUUUUCUACAAGCUGGCCGAGGCCCACCCUGACUGUCUGAUGCUCAACUUCACUGUCAAACUCAUCUCAGAUGCGGGCUACCAAGGGGAGAUCACCAGUGUGUCGACAGCGUGCCAGCAGCUGGAGGUGUUCUCCAGGGUCCUAAGGACCUCUCUGGCCACGCUGCUGGAUGGAGGAGAGGACAACCUAGAGAAGAACCUGCCAGAAUUCGCUAAGAUGGUGUGUCACGGGGAGCACACAUACCUGUUUGCCCAGGCCAUGAUGUCCAUCAUGUCUCAGGAGGAGCAGGGGGGGUCGGCCAUGCGCAGGAUCGGCCAGGAAGUACAGAAGUCUGCACAUCAACGGGGCCAUGAUGCCAGUCAGAUUACUCUGGCAUUGGGCACAGCAGCAGCCUACCCUCGAGCCUGCCAGGCCCUGGGCGCAAUGCUGUCCAAAGGGGCACUCAACCCUGCCGACAUCACUGUGCUCUUCAAGAUGUUCAGCAGCAUGGACCCACCUCCCGUAGAGCUGAUCCGAGUGCCUGCGUUCCUUGACUUGUUCAUGCAGUCGCUAUUCAAGCCGGGCUCAAAGAUCAACCAGGACCAUAAACACAAAUACAUUCACAUCCUGGCCUAUGCUGCCAGUGUGGUUGAAACAUGGAAAAAGAACAAGCGAGUGAACAUCAACAAGGACGAGCUUAAAUCCACCUCCAAGGCCAUUGAGACAGUCCAUAACCUGUGUUGCAAUGAGAAUAAAGGAGCCACAGAACUGGUGGCUGAGCUCAGCACCCUGUACCAGUGCAUCCGGUUCCCAGUUGUUGCCAUGGGGGUACUGAAGUGGGUUGAUUGGACGGUCUCUGAGCCCCGCUACUUCCAGCUCCAGACAGACCACACCCCUGUCCACCUGGCACUUCUGGACGAGAUCAGCACCUGUCACCAGCUUCUGCACCCACAGGUCCUCCAUCUACUGAUCAAGCUCUUUGAGACCGAACACUCCCAGCUCGACGUCAUGGAGCAGAUGGAACUGAAGAAGACCCUGUUGGACCGUAUGGUCCACCUGCUGAGUCGAGGCUACGUGCUGCCUGUGGUCGGAUACAUCCGCAAGUGCCUAGAGAAGCUCAACACAGACAUCUCUCUCAUCCGCUACUUUGUAACGGAGGUGUUGGAUGUGAUUGCCCCUCCGUACACUUCAGACUUUGUCCAGCUGUUCCUGCCCAUCCUGGAGAACGACAGCAUCGCUGGCACAAUACGCACAGAGGGAGAACACGAUCCUGUGGCUGAGUUUAUAGCUCACUGCAAAUCCAACUUCAUCAUGAUGAACUGAGAAUGACGCUGGUGGGUCCACCUUGGAUGAGGAUGUAGUGGGAAUACCAGGGAGGGGCAGAAGGCGUGACCUCAGUUAUGAGCCAAUCAUACCUUGACGUGUUGUAUGGACUGGUGGAAGAGGAAUAGAACAAUUUUGAGGCAGACCAUUUUCAUAGACUGACCUGCGAUUUUGCGUUCUCUUCAAAUGUGGCGUAAACACAUGACUUUGAGAAUUAAAAGGAUGUUGUAGUGUAUCAUUGCUUAUCACAGUUAAUAAGGGUCUGGAGGUUUGAGGAUAACUUGUUUUACAAUGCAGCUCCAUCAUUGGUUUCACUGUUGUUUCCAUUGGUAUGUGCCAAGGUUUCAAAAUCCAUUUUCUGUUGCAUUGUCUUUUGAUUUUUAUAAAUGUUAAAAUGACUGCU